UGCAUAACUUCCUUACCCACUGGCUCCACCCGGGAAGUUCCACUGACAUCAUCAGGAAGAUGAGUCCUUUAAAACGACUCCUCUCUCACUUCUUGCCACUCAACAACCAAACUGCUCUUGCUGCUGCUGCAACACACAAACAUCAACAUCAUGGCUUUACUGGUUUCUGAUGAUCAGAACCGCCGAAGGAUCAAGGAAGUUGAGAACUCCUUUGGUCCUUCAGCGCCAGAGCUUUUCACACCAGGUCGAUUUCUGAAAGGAGAGGGGACCCUGAUGAAGCAGGGCCGCAAGAAGUGGGAUCAGAAAAUGUUCUUCCUCUUCAACGAUAUCCUGGUUUACAGCAGCAUCAUCAUGAACAACCGCUGGUACAAGAACCCCAAGAUCAUCCCGUUAAAGGACAUCAUGCUGGAGGACAUGGAGGACUCUGACGAUGUGAAGCACCAGUGGCUGAUCUGCACACCUCGCAAGUCCUUCCACGUGUCGGCCUCCUCCGACGAGGAGAAGAAAGCCUGGAUGCAGCACAUCGAGGCCUGUCAGCAGAGCCUGCUGCAGGAGUCGGUCCUCCCAACGAAGACAACCUACGCCAAAUCCUGGAUCCCCGACCGAGUCGCUCAGAAGUGCAUGCGCUGCCUCGCCACGUUCACCGAUCAACGGCGACAUCACUGCAGAAAGUGCGGCUUCGUGGUGUGCAACGCGUGCUCCAAGGGCCGGGCCCUCAUCCAGCACAUCAACCCCAACAAACCGCUGAGGGUCUGCAAAGUCUGCAACAAAACGGAGGAUGACAAGAAUUUCCGUCUGAGGGGAGGCAGCUCCGGUUUGUGGGAUGAUUCAGAAGAAACAUCCAGUGAUGAGGAGUGAACACUGACCAAUCCUCCCGUAGUAACCACAUUGUAGGUUGACAUUGACAUGGUGUGACAGAAACCUAAAGUCACUUGUCCCUCUCCUCUGGAGAAAAUGUAGCCACUAAACGGUACAGAGUUGAUAUUCAGAGAGAAUCUGAAUCCCUGCAUGUGUGGAAGAAUUGAUCAGAACAG